AUGGAACCUCGCGUCCAAGGGCCUGCACCGCCUCCGGUGGUCGACGAGGAGUCGCGCAGGAUACAGAAGAACAAGCGGAAGCCGGUCGUCAUCUACACGGUGUCGCCCGAGGUGAUCCACGCUGAGGCCAGCGAGUUCAUGGCGUUGGUGCAGCGCCUGACCGGGCCUGGCUCGUCGCGACCCGGCGCGGCGCCCGCGAGGGCUCGGCCGUUCCCCAAAACUCGAGACCAGCAGCUGCCGGUGAGGGUCAAAGCUCGUGCACUGAACGGGUCGGGAUCGGAAGGAGCGGCGUCGGCUCCUGAUGUACCCUCGCCUUCGGUUGCUGCCUCUGACACGCUCUUCUUCCAUGGCUCGAGUCCUCCGUCGCGUGCUGUGCGUAAAGAUGAGCCGCCCAUGGCAUCUCAUAGCUGGCUGCUUCAUGGAGAAUACUUGGAUCAGAGCCCUCGCCAUCAACCUGGAUUCCCGUAG